AAGUUCCUUAUUUCACAUUCCUCAUACAUUUGGUUCCACAUUCAGUUAGACACCGUUGUUGAACACUGAUCCUACUGUAAUAUGACAGCCAUUUGUACAGAUAGAGGCAUGUUCCUGUACGUAGUUCUCAUUCUUGUGCAAAAUGGAAAUGGAGAGGGGUGCACGCAGAUCAGAAAGAAUGGUCACUAUUCCUGUGGAGGAAGGAAUCUCACCUACAUACCUACCAGUAUUCCUUCCUCUGUGGAGAUGUUGGACUUCAGUUUUAAUUUCUUGCCCACCUUGCAGAGGACUGUAUUCCCUCAGCUGUAUAAUCUGAAACUUCUAGAUCUCACAAGAUGUCAUAUCCAUCAUAUUACUGACGAUGCUUUCCACAAUGUGAAGAAUGUGACCACUCUAAUUCUCACUGGAAACCCUAUCUCAUAUACAGGACUUGAUGGAUUGAACUCAUUACAUAAACUACACAGAUUAGUUCUUGUGGACACUGGCCUGUCAUCUUUAAAUGUCCAGUUCAGCAAUCUCACCGAGCUUCGAGAACUAAACGUUGGGACUAACAACGUUCAGUCCGUGGCUCUUCCACCUUUCAUGAUAAACUUCAGGGACUUCAGUUCACUGGAUCUUCAUGCUAAUAACAUAUCCAUCUUAAGAGUAAAUGACACUAAUGUUCUUCGACAGAUGAAGGGAAAUAUCACAUUAAUCCUCUCACGGAACCCAAUAUUGUUCAUAGAACCGGGAGCAUUUCAGAACCUUCACCUCAGAGAGCUGAACAUACGGAGUGCCUUCAUUUCACUGGAUGCACAAAGGGAUGGUCUGAAAGCACUUGUUGGUCUUAAUGUUGGCAAACUGAUCAUUGGAAGCUACAGAGCACACCAUGCAAAGACAACUGAAACUAAUGACCUUGAUGGUCUCUGCUUAAUCAAUUAUGAAGAAUUUUACUUUUACCAAAAUCAAUGGUUAGAUUUAAGCAGCCAUGUAUUCCGCUGUAUGGUCAAUGCAACAAAAAUCACUCUGAAACGAGGCCGUAUAAGAGUCAUAGAACCUGUCUCAUUUCGUCAACUUAAAGAACUUUACAUAGGUAAAAAUGGCUUAGAGGAAAUACCCCAACUUUCAAACAUACAGUCCUUAGAAAAAUUUGUUGUUGUUGACAACGAUCAAGUAUUGUUUAGAGGUCUCAGAGAUAUGCCCAGUCUCCGGCAUGUAGAUCUGAGUAGAAACCUAAUGUCAUUGAGAUCCUGCUGUUUCGAGUAUUUCAGAGACACACCAAACAUUCGCCACAUUAAUCUGAGUCUGAAUGCAAAUAUAAUGUUACUUGCAAAACCAUUUUCUGGUCUUGACUUGCUUGAGGUAUUAGAUUUUCAUCACACAGAGAUAGGCGUAGUGGGGCAGUUUGGACUCUUACAAAAUCUGAAGUACUUAAAAUAUUUAGACCUUUCAUAUACAAGUAAUACUUUUGGCAGUACUUCGUCUUUUUAUGGUCUUACUAGUCUUAAAGUUCUGAAAAUAGCGGGCAAUGCUUUCCAGAAGGAAACACUGGGAUAUUUAUUUGAAAAUCUCAUCGCUUUGGAAGUUCUUGACAUGUCAAACUGUGACAUUGAUCGAUUAGUCUGGAGAGAUUUCAGAGACCUCCAGAGACUACAGCAUUUACUUCUAAGUCAAAACAGAUUAAUGGUUUUGGAUUUUUUGGCACAGACAAAUCUACCGAGCCUAACACGACUUGCUUUAGACCAAAAUGGUAUCACAAGUAUUCCACAAAAUACUCUCCAAAAUCUACCAAAAAAUCUCUCCAUUUUUGAUAUAUCAUUUAAUCCAAUCAAUUGCCUCUGCACCCAAAGAGAUUUCAUUCAGUGGAUCAUCGAACAUCAGAAAAUGUUUCCUAAACCUCAUAACGUUUUAUGCAAAACACUACAAACAGACUCAAAAAUGAGGGCCAUUGAUUUUGACGUUGAAAGUUGCAUACAUGCACAAAUACUUACAGUUGUUUUGUCCAUGUGCGCUGUGCUUCUGUUUGUGUUUGCGUCAGUUUUGGCCUAUAGGUUCCAGUUUUACCUGCGGUACAGCUGUGUCCUGCUAAGAGGUUAUAGAGCCUCCAGACAGCAAGAAUGUUCCUAUGAUGCGUUUGUGAUCUACUCCAGCAAAGAUGAAUCCUGGGUGAUGGAUGAACUGGUGGAAAAUCUGGAAAAUGGGAUCCCACCCAUCCAUCUGUGCCUCCACGUGCGGGACUUUGAAGCAGGCAAGGCCAUCACCUCCAACAUCAUAGACGAGGGCAUCAUGGGCAGUCGUAAAAUUAUAGUGGUCAUAUCUAAACACUUCAUUGAGAGCUCUUGGUGCCGAUUUGAGUUUGAGGUGGCUCAGUCCUGGUUAGUGACGCAAGGCAAUGCCAACAUCAUCAUCAUUAUUCUGGAGGAUGUGGAGGAGGAGAAGACCAAGAAAGUGUUCGGACUCCAUAAGCACCUGAAAAAGAACACUUACCUGAAGUGGAGCGGGAAACCCAUCAGUAACAUGAGGUUCUGGAUUCGGCUCAGGAAGGCUGUUAUGAUGAGAAAUUGACGUGCACAUCUCAUUGUGUCAUUGUGUUAAUGAAUUGGUGACAACAUUUAACGGAACAGAACUGCAGAUAGUAUAAAACUCUCAAUUUUAAAAUAAAGCAGUCUAAUUCCACUUCUAUGUCCAUAACUGUGUUUUUGGAAACAGAAUAAGCGGUAAGCAUACAUAUGCAUAUAUACAGAAAGUACAAACGUGGAUCUCAUGAUUGUCAACGAGAUACAAAUGUUCUUUUUUUAUGAUUUAAUUUUCCUGCUAUUAACCGAAUUAGAUUACUAAAUUUUUUACUGUGUGAAUAAUCUACUGAUGUAGGUCACAGACUGGUUUGGUGGAGCCCACAAUGACCUAUGACAUGCAAGCUUUACACUUAUUAGACUUAUUUAUGUAUCAUUCCAACCACAUGUAGACAUACAGCAAAACAAAAUGGUGUGUUUUAAGAGUUAAGGUGCAAAAUAUAACAUGCAAAGCAUGACACAAUUAAAAGAAACACAAGAUUAAAGGGGAAUUCCACUGAUUUUUCAAAAACUGUAUAAUUCAACUGCUGAGAUGUCAACAACGUCAUUCAAAGUGGUUUUAUGUAAAAAGAAACAUUCUAGAGAAACUCGCCAACUCUGAUUUCUUUACAGUCGAGAUGGGAACUUGGGGUCACAAUGUCUACAAAAACACAAAUAUAGCCAUUUUUUACAAUCCAAAAACACCAGCAAACCUACACAAGUCUUUUGAGUUUAUAUAUAUAAUAUUGAUAAUGGUAAAAUAGCAAUAAAUCUAAAGAAACAAAGAUUUCUUUGGGGACCAUUUUAUCUUACAAAGCCCUGCAUAUAUCACUCCUCCAGAAAUAGAUAUUAAAAACCAUACAUUUUAGGUAAAAACAUCUAAAAACAAACCUAAAACAAUGUCUUAGCCAUCAGGCAGUGUAUUCGUAAUCACUUUAUGUAAUAACUUUCUAUGAACUCAAUUCAAAUUAAAGAAAUUCACUAAAGAAAGGUUAGUAUACAGAGAGAAUUGAGUAAAGAAAACUAGAAGUAACUUGCUUUGGAACUCUAGAGUGGUAGUCAGUAUGAUCUAAUGUCUAGUCCUUCUCCUUCUGCCUUAAAUAAAAAAGACAACAGUAACAAUGAUCAUGACAAAAGGUGAGGUGGAGGAGAGCUGAAAGAGACUGCAAUGGAAGAGCAGUGAUUGGGAGAGAUUAGUGUGAGACAAUUUCUUUUAAAAUAAAAGUUCCUACAUUUUUUAAAUGUUUAUUUCACUUUGGAC